UGUCUGUGAGCAGCAAUCAUCACACAAACCGUGGGAUGUUCUUCGGGAUCGGAAAGAAGUCGCUGCCGCAUAAAGGUUUACACAGAGUUUCCUCUGUUUGCUGCCAUCCUUCCCAUGUUGAAGUCAGAUCCCAUAAAUAACUGAAAAAAAGGGGAAAAAAAAUCUACCCAUAGUCAACUGCUUUGAAUCCAAAAACUCCAAAGAGCUGCAGAGAAUGGCGGCAGCAGAGUCGAGCCCUCUGACCACCCACGUGCUGAACACAAGUGAUGGAGUCCCAGGCGCCAAGAUGGCCCUGAGCUUGCAUCGACUUGACACCAAGCUGAUGAUCUGGACAAUGAUCACUGUUGGGACAACAAAUGAAGAUGGCCGCUGCCCAGGACUGAUUAAUCAAGAAACUUUCAUCCCCGGCAUGUACAAGCUGCGUUUUGAGACGGGUUUAUACUGGGAGGGGCUGGGAAAGACCUCCUUCUAUCCCUAUGUAGAGAUUGUGUUCACCAUCCAUAACCCUACACAGAAGUUUCAUCUCCCCCUGCUGAUUAGCCCCUUCUCCUACAGCACCUACAGAGGAAACUGAAGCACCAGCUAUGGCAGAUAUAACCUCAUCUGUUGUCAAACUUAUAUUUUAGAGAUGCUUUCUGUAUGUAAUAACAGAAUAUAGUGUGUGGUGAAUGUGUGAUAAGGUACAAAUUUGAAAACCAUGUAUCCAAAUUACACUAAUGUUCUAGUUUUCUUUUUUAAAGGAAGAUAUACUGUACGUUGUUAAGUAAAUCAGAGAACAUGUCAGAGGUCUACCCUUGGUCCACCAUCCAAAUGCACUCCAGACUGAGGCCUGCUGGGGUCUCUCAGACAAUAUUGAUAAAAUGGCUUCAGUUCUUAUUGGCACAACAAGCAGAAGCCAAAGAGAGUGAUUUUACAGGUGGGAGACAUCGUCUGUUUGGGGGAGUUUAAGAUAAUUUGAGAGCUAGAGGAAUCCCUGCAACUUGUAUCCAAGAAAAAAUGGAAGUGAGAUACAGCCUAAGAGAGAGAGGACAUGUUGGAGUACCAUCUUGUCUUAUAGGAUGUGUUCUUUUCCUUUUGUUCAUUUUAUUCCCUCCCCUUAUCCUCUCCUGCUCAUAUAUAUAAGCAUAGAGCUCUGCUGUUAGGUAAGAGUCAAACAAUGUAGCUGGGAUGCUUUUUAAAGAAACACCUGUGGCUGUCUUUUUGAAUAAACUCUUCAUGUUUCUUGUUAUUAGCGAAACCUUGGUUUUGGUAG